CUCGGACGGUUCUGGAAAUGCUUUCUUUCUCAUUUAAUCACACUCACGAAUUACACGCCUCUCGCAGAUCCUAGUAAUGCCGCGCUCAAGGUGGACUCGGAGCUCAAUCUUAAUCUCAACCGGCGGACUAGAUCGAAAGGACGGCCUGUCAGCCUCAUCCACGCGCGUGCUUGGUUAGCACGGGUCUCUGACUGCUUCCUCUUGCCUUAACUUCCUCACAGAGUGCUGCGCUCUCUACUGGUACUGAAAGCUGGUCUUUCUCCUUCCGGAUUUAGUUCUUGAUCGACCUGUCAUUCCUGCAUUUGCCAGCAUGUCUUCCUCCCGAAAACCCUCCUUCAGUCAUACUAGUUCUAGGCCUCGUAGCGUUAACGCUGUCGACGUAUGGCCCUCCACCGAUACCAGAACUCGAAGCACGAGUCUCAACCAGGACUACGACUUCAAGCAUACGGAGGCUUCGGUCUCGGUACCUGGGACUUCAAACAUCGACGUUCCCGGAGUUCGUAGUCCAGCUCUUACUGGGUGGAGAACAGACAGUGCGCGGAGUAUUGGUGGUCCAGAGGUACCGUCGCCUCCCAGUGUUUACACCGUGGACUCCCCGACUAGCAGCUGCUACAAUACUACGGGUGCUAGCAACCCCCAUGACUACUUCCCUACUCCCAACUCUCGCCCGCCCUCCGAGCUACGACGGAGCCGAUCUGGCCUCGUUGUAGCAGAAGAGGAGACUGCAUCCCCACUCAGCAUCGGAGCGGAUGAGCUUGCGGACGACACAUACAUUCCCGCCUCGGCAUCCCAAGUCUCUGCGCCAUUGAGUGGCCCACCAAGGCCGCCUGAUACCAGCAUACAAGAGGUCGACUCGCCUGCUAGCAGCGGGACUAGGAUGCGCUUCGGCAGGCGCUACGACCAAGCUCCUACGCCAGGUAUCUACCUCGAAAGGCGCCGACCCUCCCGCGCUAGCGAUGAAAGAGUAGUCGGGACCAGCCACGAUGUAGUGGAAGACGACGAUGUUAAUGCACCUCGGUUCGCCUCCGAUCAUGAAGACGCCUCUGGCCUGUUCGGCGAUUACAAGUUUGGGCAGUCUGUCAACGAUACGGAUUACUUCUCGUUCAGAAAGGGAUUGGCAGCCCCAGGAAGUCGACACCUGAAUGCUCCGAAUGCCCAUGAAGAAGUGUCACCAAAGUCUACGCCUGUCGAGGGCUAUACGCCUUUUAAGAGCUAUGCACCCCAGGAGAGACAACGUGCGGAAGGCAUGGACCAGACGGCAGAUACCAUCCGCACAAAUGACAGCGCCUCCACCACUGGUCACCGUGACUCGACCACAUCGUCUGUCACACUUGUCCCUCCUCCAGACGAGGAAAAGCCCGACAAUGGUGACAGGAAGGGCUCGAGGGUAUUCUGGCCAUUCGGCAGAAAUCAGAGCAAGGAUGAACUCGAGGGAAGCCCUCCAGGGCGGUCAAAACACGCGUACCGGGAGAAGGUUCAGAAGAUGAGGAAUGGCGAGAAUGUGCGCCCGGGCUGCAAGAGGCUAACCACGACGAGUAUCAAGCGAGAGAAGUUUGUCAUGAAGCUUGCCAAAGCACUCCUUGCCUUCGGCGCACCCUCUCACCGAAUCGAAUCGCAACUCCAGUCCGCCUCGCACGUCCUCCGCCUCGAUGCGCGCUUCGUGCACUUCCCGAACAUGAUCAUGGUGACAUUCCAGAGUCCACAAGGGAGCACCAACGAGAUCCACUUCAUCCGCGCAAGUGGUCGGGUUGCCCUCACAUCGCUGCACAGGGUUCAUACCGUCUACCGGGAAGUCCUUCAUGACAGGCUCAGCACUGACGAGGGUGUGAAGAAGCUCGAUGAGAUCCUCCGUGCCAAACCACACUACUCGAUUUACUUUCGGUGCCUGCUGGCGUUUAUUUGCGCGUCGAUAAUCUGCGUUUUGGCGUUCGGUGGUUCCCUACUGGAUAUGUUCCUUGCGGGUGCAGCUGCGUCGAUACUGCAACUACUCGGCUUGCGGGCGGCGGCGAAGAGCUCUGUAUAUGCGAACGUUUAUGAGAUCUCUGUCUCCAUCAUCGUGUCCUUUGUCGCCCGUGGCUUUGGGACCGUUCCGAACCAGAUCUUUUGUUUCAGCGCCAUCUCUUCAGGAGGCGUCGUACUCGUUCUCCCUGGAUUUACAGUGUUGGUCUCUGCGCUUGAACUCACAGCACAGAACAUCAUGUGCGGGUCUGUACGGAUGGUCUAUGCAGUCAUCUACACGCUCUUCCUCGGAUUCGGCUUGACGAUCGGUUCCGAACUCUUCCUAGUCAUCGUCCCCGAGGCUCGGAAAGCGCAAGACAUCACCACUCUGCUAGAAAGUCAUACAUAUCACGGCUAUCUGCUCAACAACAACGCGUCCAUACCACUUGCGCAGACGUCCGGCACCUGGUCGUUCACGGACAUUAGUCAGGCACAGAGUCGCGUCAUCAAAGGAUGCUAUCGUGAUCCGACUUGGCCGUGGUGGAGGCAGCCAUUCCCGUGGUGGACGGCGUUCUUUCUGGUUCCGCUCUACUCGUUUUGCUCGUCAUUGGCAAAUCUUCAGGCCAUCAGGAGUGCGCAAAUGGCGGCCAUGGUGGUUUUCUCAUGCGCUGCCUAUGCCGCCAACAGGGGAGCCAACCUUGUUUUCUCAAAUCGGCCCGAGAUGGUCUCUGCAGUUGGCUCGGUCGUCAUUGGCGUAUGUGGUAACAUCUGGUCUCGACUCGGCGGUGGAACAGCGUUCACAGUCAUGGUGACGGGUGUCUUGUUCCUGGUCCCGUCUGCGCUCGGGAAUGGUGGUGGGCUCAUUGGCAGCUACAACACGUCGUCGCAAGAGUACAGCAACAGUUUCGACUUGGGUGUGCGCAUGAUCGAAGUCGGCAUUGGUGUGACACUGGGCCUCUUCCUGGCUGCGAUGCUAGUCUACUCCUGGGGUGGUAGGAAGUCUGGGGGUCACUUCGGCUUCUAGGAGAAUCACCUGGGAUCCGUUGCAUUCCUAUACGUGCCUGUUCAGUGUACUUCAACAGCAAUGGAAGGAUUACUA